UUUCCUUCCGGGCCAAUCGUUAGCCAGAGUGGGCGGAGCGCGCGCCGGGUAGCUGCGGGUUGGGAGUGGGCCGCGUCGCCGCCUGGCAGCGAUGCGGGCUUCGGGGGUGAGGUCGCGGCCGGCGGGUCCCGCGCUGCUGCUGCUGCUCCUCCCCCUCCUCCUCCUCCUCGGAGCCGCCGAGUCGUUGCGUCGGGCCCUGCCACCGCGCCGCUACACCCCGGACUGGCCGAGCCUGGACUCUCGGCCGCUGCCGGCUUGGUUCGACGAGGCCAAGUUCGGGGUGUUCGUGCACUGGGGCGUGUUCUCGGUGCCCGCCUGGGGCAGCGAGUGGUUCUGGUGGCACUGGCGGGGCGAGGGGCGGCCGGAGUACCAGCGCUUCAUGGGCGACAACUACCCGCCCGGCUUCAGCUACGCCGACUUCGGGCCGCAGUUCACCGCGCGCUUCUUCCACCCUGAGGAGUGGGCCGACCUCUUCCAGGCCGCGGGCGCCAAGUAUGUAGUUUUGACAACAAAGCAUCAUGAAGGCUUCACAAACUGGCCUAGUCCUGUGUCUUGGAACUGGAACUCCAAGGAUGUGGGGCCUCAUCGGGAUUUGGUUGGUGAAUUGGGAACAGCUCUGCGAAAGAGGUGGGUGUCUAGGGAUGGUUACUCUGUCAUUUCUUUGGAUCUGGCUGUCCAGAGUUCUGUCCCUUCUCUACUCUUGUGUCAUUCAGAUAAUAAACUCUGUCCUGAUCACAUGUCUUCCAGCUAUAAGCCUGAUCUGAUCUGGUCUGAUGGGGAGUGGGAAGCUCCUGAUACUUACUGGAACUCCACAGAUUUCCUUUCCUGGCUGUACAAUGAUAGCCCUGUCAAGGAUGAGGUGGUAGUAAAUGACCGAUGGGGUCAGAACUGUUCCUGUCACCAUGGAGGAUACUAUAACUGUGAAGAUAAAUUCAAGCCACAGAGCUUGCCAGAUCACAAGUGGGAGAUGUGCACCAGCAUUGACAAGUUUUCCUGGGGCUAUCGUCGUGACAUGGCAAUAUCUGAUGUUACAGAAGAAUCUGAAAUCAUUUCGGAACUGAUUCAGACAGUAAGUUUAGGAGGCAACUAUCUUCUGAACAUUGGACCAACUAAAGAUGGACUGAUUGUUCCCAUCUUCCAAGAAAGGCUUCUUGCUGUUGGGAAGUGGCUGAGCAUCAAUGGGGAGGCUAUCUAUGCCUCCAAACCAUGGAGGGUGCAAUUGGAAAAGAAUGCAACAUUUGUAUGGUAUACCUCAAAAGGAUCAGCUGUUUAUGCCAUUUUUAAGCACUGGCCAGAAAAUGGACUCUUAAACCUUGUAUCCCCCAUAACUACCUCAACUACGAAGAUACUGAUGCUAGGAAUUCAAGGAGAUCUAAAGUGGUCCACAGAUCCGGAUAAAGGUCUCCUCAUCUCUCUGCCCCAGUUGCCACCCUCUGCCAUCCCUGUAGAGUUUGCUUGGACUGUAAAGCUGGCAGGAGUGAAGUAAUCAUUUGUGUGCAAGAAGGAAGAUGCACUGCCUGCUGUUUUGCUGCUUCUAGUACCAUCACUAUAAUCAACGAACUUCUCUUCCCCACCCAGAGAUGGGCUUUUCCAACACAUUUCAAUCAAAGGAACUGAGUACAUUACCCUGAUGUCUUUGAGUUCAUUAAUUCUAAUAUUUGGAAAUUAUCUACAGUGGAAUCUUCCCUCUGUUCUCUGAUAACCUACUUGCUUGCUCAGUGCCUUUAAGCCAAGUCACCCUGUGGCCUACAGGAGGAGGUGGAAAGGAUUUGGCAAGCUCAACCACAUGCUAUUUAGUUAGCUUCAGUUGUCACCAACAUUCUUUCUGCAAAGGGCAGGAGAGCUUUAGGGGAAAAGAAAAGGCUUACCAGGCUGCUAAUGGUCAACUCUUCAGAAAUUUCCAGAGCAAUCUAAGAGCACCAAAUUUCACUAUGUUUACAGUGAUACUGUUAAUAAAAUGAAUGUGAUUCUGCUCUGUCUUUUUAAAUGUGAUCAAAUAAAAAAAUUUGUGUGUCACUUCAUUUCUACCAAAAAAA